GGUGGUAAUGAUUACUAUGUCAAUGCCACUGUUGUCCGCAAUGAUCCCGGAGCCGGUGGUAAUGAUUACUAUGUCAAUGCCACUGUUGUCCGCAAUGAUCCCAGAGCCGUAUAUCAACAAAUGAGUACGGUGGUGCAUCUAAUGUAUAGGAGAAACCCUAGACACGGCCGCAGUACGGUAUUUCACGUGUUGCUAUUGUUGCUAAAGAGUCUAUUAUUGAAAAGGAUUGAUACAAGAGUUAUGGUAUGGAUGUUUGAAAAUAAGAGUUACUUUAGAAAAAGUAGAAGUCAAAAUAUUCCAAAUUAGUUAUAGAUCCCACUCCAGAUUUCACAUAUAGUU